CAGCAUUUUAACUUAACGACUUAACAUGAAGUGGCCAGCUAUUCCACAUUAUCUAACAUUAGUUAUCUAAAAUGUGUAGUUCACAGCUUUGUCCAGAUGGGGCUGCCGAGUUCACUCUUCAACGUGCCUCAGUGUCGCUUCCUUUAUUCGGCUGAGCUGGCAGUUAAGUUACCUUUAAGCUCGUUUCAUUUCACCCCACAGAAAAACACCAGCGGCGCAAUCAAACUAGCGUCGGGGAGCAGUUUAAUGUUUGUGUUCAGACACUCGGAAUCCAGAGAAAGUAACGUCGCAACAAUCAAUGUUCCCAGUUAACGCUAAGUCGGUUCGACAUGGACGAGCUGGACACCGCAGCGAUCCUUCCCGACGUUGCGUCAACUGACGAGGAAAACAACGGCUCGUGUGGCCACAAAGAGGAGGCCGAUGUUCCGUUACCGACAACCCGCUUCGUACGACCGCCGUGGAGAUGCUGGCGGCCGGUUUCUGUGGAGCCAGUGCUGUUCCUCUCCAUGUUUUCUCUGGCCCUGCAGGCGCCUCUAGCCACACAGUAUCUGUGGGACCGCAUCAGCGACGACCUGGGCUACAACGGCUCCAAGAGGUCGGAGUGCAGCAACGGUUCCGUGCCUCCCGACCCGCUUCAAAUGGAGGUGCAAACCAUGACAGCCCACUGGAACCUGUACAUCAGUCUUGGGGGCUUUUCUGUAGGCCUGUUGGUGGUGCCUCUCCUGGGCUCAUGGAGUGACCUCGUAGGUCGCAGACCUGUCCUUAUCAUCCCCAACCUCGGCCUGGCCCUCCAAGCGCUGGUUUACCUCGUGGUGAUGUACCUGAAGCUGCCUGUGGUCUACUUUCUAGUGGGCAGGCUGCUCAGCGGCUUUUCGGGGGAUUUCAACGCCAUCCUGGCGGCCUGUUUUGCAUAUGUGGCUGACACCAGCGACAGAAGGUCCCGCACCUUCAGGGUGGCCAUCUUGGAGGCUUGUCUGGGCCUUUCAGGGAUGCUAGCCAGCAUCAUCGGAGGACAGUGGCGGCGGGCACAAGGGUACAUCAAUCCGUUCUGGCUGGUCGUGGCCACUAACUUGGCUUCGGCUCUGUACGCUUAUCUGUUUGUCUGUGAGUCCGUCCUGCCAGACCCAAGUGCCAAGCUCCUCACCUCUCGCCACCAUAAAGCGGUCUGGCACCUCUUCUCAACAGGAGGCAGUACCAGUGAGGCGGGUGGAAGAUUUCACAGAUGCAAGCUGUGGCUUUACAUACUGUGUUUCUUCGUAGUGAUGACUGUACACAUGGGCUGCAAGGAUUUGUAUGUGUUGUAUGUGCUGAGCUCACCGCUGUGCUGGGGGCCGGCCCUCAUUGGCUAUGGAUCAGCAGCUCAGAACCUGGACUACCUCAGCAGUCUGCUGGGGCUGAAGAUCAUGCAGCGCUGCCUGGAGGACUCCUGGGUGGCUGUCGCGGGUCUGGCCUCCAAUAUCAUCGGGCUGGUGGUCUUCUCUGUAGCUGACACCACCCAGCUCAUGUUCACAGGAUAUGGUUUGUGUUUCCUCUUCAUGGCUGUGACGCCUGUGCUCCGGUCAAAGCUGUCUAAGUUGGUGAGCCCAUCAGAACAAGGUGUCCUGUUUGCCUGUGUGGCCUGUGUGCAGAGCUUAUGUUAUCUGGUGGGCAGUGGCCUCUUCAACUCCCUCUACCCGGCCACACUGCACUUCAUGAAGGGCUUCCCUUUCCUUCUUGCUGCCAUCAUCCUCUUCAUCCCUGCUGGAAUAAUUGGGACCCUGCAAUGUUUAGACCAGAGGAGAGACCACAGAGACUCCACGACAUGCUGACCUGAAGAGAGGAACCAGUCAGAGAGUUAGAGUUCAUCCUGGUGUCAGUCUAAGACGUGAGCAGCUCUGACACAGAGACAUCCGUCUGUGGUGAGGGGAGAGAUUUUUGAUCUUAACACAGUGAUCGGGUGCUUGACUUUUCGUUAACUAGCUCAGCGAUUGGGAUUCUUCCGAGUCACAUCAACGUGAUCAAGAACAGAGGAUGGAGAAUCAAGCUCCUGACUGACAUGACUGUGAAACCUCCUCUGUCUUAAUGAUUCGAUAGUUUGCUGGGCCUAAAAACAAAACACAGUCUUUCAUCAUGACAUUCAUACAAAUGAAGUAAUGAACAAGGUUCGAUUCAUGCUUUCAUUUUGUGAUUUGAUACAUUUCAAUACAGUGCCAAAGAGUGCCUUACAUUUCCAUUUUGAAUGUAUUAGUUGCUGUAGCUCAAAUAACACACUACAGGUUAAGGUGCUAACUCUAAGAGGAAACUCCUCAGUUGUUCCAAAACAUGUAAAGCAUGGGUGCAACAUAGUGUGUUCACAGAGGGUCAAAAAGGGAGGUGACGGAUAUGACCUAGUUUUGAUUUGAGAAAUGCUUUAGAUCGAUAAAUUGAGAUCACAUAGAUUGAGUGACGGUUAAGUUUAUUUUACUGAAAGAUGAGUCAUUUGUUUGACAAGAUCAAUCCUUUUUAUUUUUGAUAUUUAAAAUGUAUUUGUGUUUUUACUAAAGUAAAAUUUUAAAAGCAUGAUUUUUUUUUCAACAGUACUUUUUUCAUAUGGUACUGCUAAUUUGAGUAAAAGAUCUGAGUACAAUUUCCACUACUGUCUGUUCGGUAUCCUAAAUCUAUUAGUGGAUGUUCUCUCUGGAACCCUCAAACAGUGAAGUUAGUACCUGAGAUUCAUGUUAUGUCAUAGCAUGUCCAAACCCAGCUCUCGGUAAUCCACAUCAGAGAGAGAAACUGUAGCGGCAGCCGGGGAAUAAUGAGUUCCACCGUGACCCUCCUCCCUCCUCCCUCCACCACAAACAACACGGGAUAGUCCCAGAGCUCAGGCCCACUGCCAGCAUGCACACAGGGGUCAGGUCCUAGAUGCACAAUGAGGGAACAUGAGCUGCCAAAUCAGCUUUAAGAUGCACAAAGGGAAGUUGAGAGGCUAAAUGGAGUAUUAACUCUGCUACUGUGAAUUGAUCGUGACGAUUAUUUUUUUUCUCAGACAUUCUUCAGACGAAUUGUGUGACAAAAUUGACUCACAAAACUGUCUAUUCUUUGUUGUAAUCAGUUGUGCAAUAUUUAUAAGUUGCAAUCAUUUAAUUUAUUGGAAUAGAACUGGAUCAUGUUGGAUAGUUUGUGGUAGAGAUGAUGGUUCAAUUUGUUUCAUUUUACAUGUCACGCGUGAUUAAGUGAAGUUCAUAUAAAGGAUUUCACCGUUCAUUUAUUUUACAGCACCUUUUAUUUUCCACCAUGUUUCAAAUAAAAUUAUCAAAUUAUUUGUUUUACACUG